AUGACGGCCAAACUGAAUCCCAUUAGAGAUGAAGGUCUGACGAGUAACAGUCAAUUCUGUAACAGUGUAAGGAAUGACCAUCACACAUGGUUCCAAAGACUUUGGGACGAGGAAGUCGCCCAUGUGGGUCUAGAGGAGGCAUCUCUUCCUGCAGUGGUCAUGCGUUUCCAGAAGACAAGAUUUAUAGUGUCAUUCUUCAUCUCUGUCCUGUUUGCUUUCGGAGCAUUUGUUGGUCCGUCUAUUUUAGUGCAUGAAAUCCUGAGCUACAUUGAGCAGCCUGAGUCAUCUACACUGUUGUAUGGCAUCGGUUUGUGUGUGGCCCUGUACUUGAGUGAAUUUAGCAAGGCACUUUUUUCAUGGCUCCUGUGGGCUGUGAAUUUGCGCACCGCUGUGAAAAUGAAGGGAGCUUUCUCAAUGCUCGCUUUCAAGAAAAUCAUCUCUCUCAGGAGUCUAACCAGCAUUAGUAUAGGAGAGACGAUAAACGUGUUGACGAGUGAUGGCUAUCGGAUGUUUGAAGCAAUCAUGUUUGGAACGUUUCUGCUGUGUGUUCCGUUCCUGCUGAUCAUAUGUAUUAUAUAUGCCUGCAUCAUUCUGGGAUACACAGCGCUUAUUGGAAUUCUGGUAUACUUGAUCUUCCUACCAAUACAGUUCUCAAUUGCCAGACUGAUUGGUGUGUUUAGAAGACGGGCUGUAUCUGUGACAGACAGACGUGUUCGCACAAUGAAUGAGGUUCUGACCUGCAUCAAACUCAUUAAGAUGUAUGCGUGGGAGGAGUCUUUUGAGAAAACAGUCACAGAUAUCAGGAAAAGUGAGAAGUUGCUAUUACAAAAGGCUGGUUAUGUUCAGAGUUUAAACACUUCCUUUACAACGAUAGUUCACACACUAGCAACCAUCCUCACCUUCAUUGUCCACACUGCACUGAAAUUGCCUCUUCAACCUUCUUCUAGAGAGACACUAAAAAGACCCAGUGCUGUUGGACCAUAUACGGCCAAACAGAUUCAAGGACCAGAACUAACUGUUGUAUAA